AUGGCAACUACAGCAAUAGAUCAAGUUGGGCUUCCAGACAAAGAAGUCCAAAAACUAUUUCAAUUUCAUGAUUCUCUAUCGGAUGCAGAUCUCACAAGCCUAUUCCCAAUAGUUACUUCACAGCUAUCAAAUUGGCUACAAUCCAUUCAUUUGGCAGUGUUUACACUGGAGCAGAAUGUGCAGAGACAACAUGUACAAAAUCAAGACUUGAAGCCACUGGAAUUAGCAAUGGAAAGACUAGAGCCAUUUAUUCAAGCAUUACCAGAGAUCAGCGAAUUGAUUCCAACAAAUAGCGCAUAUAUGACAACCACCAAAAUCCAAUCAGAAUGGUCUAGUUUGCAGCAUUUUCUGGCAUCCGUCAAGAAACUCGUCUUUGCAUCGCAAGAAACUUACUCUGUCGCAUCAACCUUAAAUCAACUCCUUGCUCAAAUGGACGAUGUAUCUCUAUUGAUGUUUGAUUUUCAGGAGAAAAAGCAUCAUGCAGCUGUGCCGACGUCAUCUCUAUCGGAAAGGGCCGGUAGUGAAAGCACAAACAGCUUUUACAGUGAUAGUGAAACGACCAAGCACAAGGAUGAUCAAGCCAUGGCGGAUUUGGAUGCGGUAUUCGAGCCCUUAUUCAACACAAUGGAACACAUGUACCACCGUAUGGCGCAACAAGAUGAUCCGAUAUUGCAAAAAAGGUUUGACAAAGUUAAAGACAAAUGGGAAUCAUUGCAGCAUGAGCGAGACGAACUGAAAUGGGAACACAAGGAGGAUCGCUGGCUUACAGUAUUUAGAAGAGUGGCAGAUCAAGUAGAUGUCAUGAUCGAUGGACUGGACCGCUCCGUUGUCCAAUGCUACUCAUUGAUUCAGCACAUGAGAGAUUGGCAGGCUACUCAACUGCCAGCAACACCAACAUCUGCAUUUGACAAGUUCUCAAAGGCAUUAAGGCUACAUCCCAAGGCGUCUCCACCAAACACACCUCCGCCAGUGGAUAAGGAGAAGUUUAGAUCUGUUGAAAAGAGCUUCGAAGCCAAGUACAAGUACUAUACACCUAGCAUUGACCGCAUGCUGGCUAUGCUCGGCAAUGGCAUUUCCGCAAGAGCAUCACGAGACAACCAAACAUCACAACGCCAUGAUUCCAUGCUGCAAAGAUGGCACCAUUUGAAAGAAGUAAUGGAUGAGUUGCGAAUGAGGGAUCUGGCAGAGACAGAACGCAUGCUAUCGUCAUCAUCAUCCAUAUCUUCAGCGUCCAGUAGCCCCACUGAUUUCAACAGCAAUCAUAGUCGAUGGCGAGGCAUACGAUACCGCACGCCUGAACCGUCUAAUGAAAGACAUGAAUGGGGCCGUGUACGUAGUGUUACCCCAAACCAUGCCUUGGGCCGAUCCUCGCCUCGCAAGAGUAUACCAAACAGCCCGCAAACAGAAUAUUAUCAGCAAUCUCUACUUAGAGGCAGUAUAUCCGAUUCAUCAUCUGUUGGAUCAUCACCUCCACCGAAAAGACAAACAAAAACCCCAAGACCGACCCGAAAUAGCAGCACAUUAACAACGCAACAAGAGGAUUUCUACGAUGCAGACGAGAGGGAUUACGGCGUCGAUUUGAUGAAAUUAAGCAAAGCCAACACAGCUACAGCAAACAAAAGAUCUCCCAGCAGUCUGGGAACACGGCCUGCAACAGCGACAGCAGCGACACCAAGAUCCAAAACACCCAAUCCACCUACACAUAGGCGCUCAACAGCAGGAGCUGGUGGCGUACGAUCCAAAAGCAGCAUGGGCGAUAUAUCUACACGAACCAUGUCGCCCAGUUUUAGUAAGCGUUCGGUCACGCCUUCACUGAUACCCAGACCAAAAACACCUACUAGCCGUUACGGACAACAACAAAAGCUACCACCAGUUCCACCUAUACCAAAGUAUGUUAGCCACAGAAAACCCGACAUAUCAAUAAGAGAUGAUUGUAUAUAUCGACCAGAUCCGAAAGACGCAUUGGAUGUGGAAGUAGCUCAUAUUGUCAAUGCAAGUCCAAUAUCUAUUCAAUGUCAAAGAGCACAGCCUGGGCGAUACUAUUUUGGAAACGAACUGAGCAUGUCUUCGAUGGGAGGCAAAAAGAUGUACACUUGCAAACUGAUGACUUACGCUGAUCGGCGAGGAGGCCAGUUCAAGAAUAAUAAGGUUUUGAUCCGUGUGGGUGGAGGAUGGCAGGAUCUUGAGUUCUUUUUGCUGGAACAUAGCUCAUUGAUGGCCAGUGAUGUCGUUGUACGAUCUUUUGGUGCAACUGGUAACACAAAUCAUGGCUGGCGAAAUUAA